AUAAUUCCCGAUUCAUACAAAGUACUUGAUAUUCCUGAACCUGUAAAGGACUGAGGUUUUAUAUUCACCAGUCAAAAUGUCUCGAAAAGGAUUGAUGGAACAGGAUCUAAGCAAGCUGGAUGUGACAAAACUACAUCCACUAUCUCCUGAAGUCAUUUCUCGUCAAGCAACAAUAAACAUAGGCACUAUUGGCCAUGUGGCACAUGGAAAGUCGACAGUUGUAAAAGCAAUUUCUGGUGUCCAGACUGUUCGCUUUAAAAAUGAGUUGGAGCGUAACAUUACGAUUAAGCUUGGAUAUGCCAAUGCAAAGAUAUACAAGUGUGAAGAUGAAAGAUGCCCAAGACCCUCGUGUUACAAGGCCUAUGGAAGUGGAAAAGAAGAUACUCCUCUGUGUGAUGUGCCUGGCUUUGAAAAUGCACGGAUGAAGCUAUUGCGGCAUGUUUCAUUUGUAGACUGCCCGGGUCAUGAUAUUCUUAUGGCUACCAUGCUCAACGGAGCAGCAAUCAUGGAUGGAGCAUUACUUCUGAUUGCUGCCAAUGAGAGCUGCCCGCAGCCUCAAACCUCAGAGCAUUUGGCUGCUGUUGAGAUUAUGCGCCUCCAACAUAUAAUUAUUCUUCAAAAUAAAGUUGAUCUGAUUCAAGAAAAUGUUGCCAUCAAUCAGCAUGAAGCAAUUCAGAAGUUCAUACAGAAAACUGUAGCUGAUGGUGCUCCGGUGAUACCAAUCUCUGCUCAGUUAAAAUAUAAUAUCGAUGUAGUGUGUGAAUACAUUGUCAAAAAGAUACCCAUACCAGAGAGGAACUUUAUCUCACCACCAAAUAUGAUUGUGAUUCGAUCAUUUGAUGUGAAUAAGCCUGGAUUUGAGGUUGAUGAGAUAAAGGGUGGUGUUGCUGGUGGAAGCAUUCUCAGGGGUGUUCUGAAAGUUAAUCAGUUCAUUGAGGUCCGGCCUGGAAUUGUUGUGAAAGAUGAGAGUGGUAACAUUCGUUGCACUCCGAUAUACUCAAGAAUAGUUUCAUUAUACGCUGAGCAAAAUGAGCUGCAGUUUGCGGUGCCGGGAGGCCUCAUUGGGGUUGGCACAACAAUGGAUCCCACUUUGACACGUGCUGAUCGGCUGGUGGGUCAGGUUCUUGGUGAGGUUGGGUCUCUUCCUGAAGUUUUUGUUGAACUUGAGGUCAAUUUCUUCCUUCUCCGUCGGCUUCUUGGAGUCAGGACAAAGGGUACAGAGAAGCAGGGGAAGGUAUCAAAACUAACCAAGGGAGAGAUUCUUAUGUUGAACAUAGGUUCCAUGUCUACUGGUGCUCGUGUCAUUGCUGUGAAGAAUGAUCUUGCCAAGCUGCAACUAACCUCUCCAGUAUGUACUAGCAGAGGUGAGAAGGUUGCAUUGAGCCGACGUGUAGAGAAGCACUGGCGACUUAUUGGAUGGGGCCAAAUUCAAGCUGGAACUACCCUUGAUGUCCCACCAUCUCCCAUCUGAGUUCAAUCCGCAGCCAGUCCAUUGGAAGAAAAAACAGAUCAAAGAGAACCCCAAGUGAGGUCACAUCAUAUCAAGCUUGAUGUGGGAAGGGAGACAACUUCUAGGAACAAUUUUUGUUAGGUGGAGAAGAAGACAUUGAUGCAUACUAUUGGUUUUGUUUCCUCCUUGUUAUAAAAUCUUUAGUUUUAAAUGGAGCAUAGAAAUUUUUUGUGUGGCCU